AUGGCUGACGAGGUCACCAGGGCUCACUCGGCCCGGGAAGGCGGGGACACGAUCUUCGGAAAAAUCAUCCGGAAAGAAAUUCCUGCCGACAUUAUUUAUGAAGACGAACAGUGCCUGGCUUUCCAUGACAUUAACCCUCAGGCUCCCGUGCACUUCCUGGUCAUCCCCAAGAAGCCGAUCCCACAACUGUCCAAGGCUGAAGACGGCGAUGAACAGCUGUUGGGACAUUUGAUGGUGGUCGCCAGAAAGUGCGCGGAGAAACAGGGAAUUGCGGGCAGCGGAUUCCGAAUGGUCGUGAACGACGGUCGCCACGGCGCCCAAUCUGUCUACCACGUUCACCUGCACAUCUUCGGCGGACGCCAGAUGACCUGGCCUCCGGGAUGAGGGAGGGCAUUGUGGGAAGUGUGUUGCAUCAUGGGAUAUACAGUGCAUUAUGGGAUGUGUGUGAAAAAAGGUUCUCGGAAAGGAAUUGUUUAUAGCUACAGGUUGGGGGGAAAAAGCGGUCCGGCCUUUUCCCAUGUAGUUACGCCUCCUGACAGAAAGUGGUAGAAUUGCAGUCUACAGUACCAUGCAGAUAGACUGUAAUAUUGAGUGUAAAUUAUCAUUAAAUCCUUAAUGUAGAGUGAAUUUCUGAUUAUACAUUAAACAUGUUAAUUAGUA